UACAGCAGGCGCCGCCAUGGGCGUCUGGAAAAAACGGCGCAUUAAUGUUCCAGUCGCCCGUGUACAUGUUUAGAGGGAGCAAUCGGAUUUAUAGAUUAAUAAGUGAGGCUCUGCUGAAGAUGUUCUCAUGAUUGGAGCCCAUGUGUUGCCCUUGACCUCAAGUUAUCAUGACACUGUAUCAUAAAGUGACCUUGACCCUAGUGGUCUGGAUUUUAUUUGUGUGUUCUGUUGUGAAAUCACAAACUCUGACACAAAAAUUGGAUUUAUUAAUGAAAAAUGCCUCUGUUACUCAGAAUGAUGAGUACCUGUGCAGUAGUUAUAAACUACCCGUCUCUGACCAGUAUAUUGUGCAAUAUGAAGCUUUAGCUGAUGCGGGUACUGCCCACCACAUUUUGUUGUUUGGUUGUGAUGAACCAGCCAGUACAGAGGACUACUGGCAUUGCGGUCGUUUAUGUAAAUCACAAGAACAGAUUCUAUUUGCUUGGGCAAAGAAUGCCCCGCCUCUCCAGUUACCAAAAGGUGUGGGAUUUCGCGUUGGUGGUCAGACUCAAAUAAAAUACAUCGUAAUUCAGAUCCAUUAUGUGAAUCCUCUACCAGUGGGAUCAUUAGACACUUCUGGAAUACGGCUCUCGAUGACCUCACUCAGACAGCGGUAUGAGGCCGGUAUUUAUCUGCUAUUGGCUUACUCUGUGAGAAUCCCAGGCAACAGUGUCAAUCAAUUUGCUGACAUAUCUUGUCAAUUUAAAGCCAGUGGACCGAUCUAUCCUUUUGGGUUCAGAACACAUGCACACAGUUUAGGAACAGUGAUAUCGGGUUACCAGGUCAACAAUACAUAUAACCUGAUCGGCAAGGGGAAUCCCCAGUGGCCCCAGGCAUUCUAUCCAGUUGAGAAAAAUAUAGUCAUUCAAAAAGACGACUACUUGGUUGGUCGUUGUACGUAUAAUUCAACAGGAAGAAGUCGAACAACAUUUAUUGGGGCCACACACAAUGAUGAGAUGUGUAACUUUUACAUAAUGUACUACGCUGAUAGGAACACACGACUUCAGUAUCAUUCCUGUGCAGGUAACAACAUUCCGUCUCUGGCCCAGAAACUGCCAGCUGACUCCUAUCAGCCGCUCCCUCCUAACCCGCUACUGGAGAUGGUUGCCCACGGUCCGAGCGGUCACAUGGGGGAUCCUGAAGGUCACACGGCCAAACCCAAUCCAGUUACCAAGAUGUCCACAAUGGCUCCCACACAAAAGCCGGGACCAUGGCCCACAACCAGGAAACCAUGGCCAACAACCGGGAAACCAGAAACAGGUAAUGAUCAGGUGUAUUUAUCUAAUGAGAUUCCCUGGGAUUUCACACGGCAGGAGAGGGAGGGGCCGGGUGUGUAUCCGCCGGAUUAUGAAGCGGAUUAUCCAGAGUUUUACAGUGAGGUGGAGAGUCAGAGAGGGAGGAAAAAGUACCCCCAGCACAGUUAUGGUCGCCAAGGAUACAACCAGCAGGAUUACGAUGAUUACUAUGACUCUGAUUUAAGUCGGAACCAAGGUGUGGGUAGAGAUGGUCGUUAUCCAGCCAACUCGAGGUCAGACCAUAAUAACAAAGGUGAAGGUCGGGUGUUUAACCGAAACAGGAACAGGGUGAGAGGUCCGCAACAAUCAAAUAGGAAGCAGAAUAAUCCCUACCAACCCAACAAUAGGAACCGGAAUGGAGGUCCACGACAAUCAAAUAGGAAUCGGAAUGGAGGACUAGGAGGACUACAACAAUCAAAUAGAAAGCAGGAAAGUUCUUACAAACCUGACAACACAAUGUUUAAGGAGGCCUACGCUGUUAGUUUAGAGAAAAGUCAAUCUACAGUAGACCCCCCUGUCCUGACCCCAGGUCAGACUACACAAGCCAGACCUCCGACUAAACCGCACAUGACACACCUGAUGGACUUUGAGUCGGACUUCGGAGGAUCUGUAGGUAGCCCGACCCCAGGGUCAGAUGUUGUGAUAGGUCAAGUGGGCGGAGUCGCCACAGACAAGCUGGGCAAUGUUUAUGUAUUCCACAGAGGGGGAAGAGUAUGGAAUGGCCUAUCAUUCAACUACCAGAAUGUAUUUCAACAGCAGAACAGGCCAAUCCAAGCUAACUGUAUUGUAGUAUACGACAAGGCAGGUCAGGUCAUCAGGCAGUUUGGCAAAAACAUGUUCUUUAUGCCUCAUGGAAUUACUGUGGAUGAUAAAAUGAAUGUCUGGGUGACGGAUGUUGGACUUCAUCAGAUAAUGAGGUUCCCGGCAGGCAGCACACAAACUGAUUUGGUCCUGGGCCAGAAGUUCCAGCCAGGGAGUGGAAACAACCAGUUCUGUAAGCCGACCGAUGUGGCUGUCUUGUCGUCAGGGGAAUUCUUUGUCAGUGAUGGGUACUGUAACUCCAGGAUUAUGAAAUAUGACAAGACAGGUUCCUUUAUCAAGAAGUUUGGAUCCAGCAGUCAAGUUAAGGAUGGUACAGCCAAGCCUAGCCCUGGCUCCUUCAAUGUCCCUCACAGUUUAACAAUCGCAGAGGACAAGGGUCUGCUCUGUGUGGCAGACAGGGAGAAUGGUCGGAUUCAGUGCUUUGACUUUCAAGGGAACUUCAAGAGAAUGAUUGAUGCGCCAGAAUUUGGAGACCGUUUAUUUGCUGUGUCUUACUGCCCCCUUCAUGGGGGACUCUUGUUUGCCGUCAAUGGUCCAACGCUAUCCAGAACUCCACCUGUUCAGGGAUUUAUCAUUGACAUAAACGACGGUCAACUGAUCGAGACAUGGAAUGCCAAACCUGGAUUGCGAAAUCCACAUGAUAUUGAGGUGGAUCCAGUCAAUCUGCGGGUGUAUGUAGGAGAAUUGGAUCCCACUAAGGUCUGGAGAUUUGAUAUGAAGGCUGAUGAUGGCACAGGGGGACAUGGAGGAAUUAUUCACAGUGGCACCACUCCUGCCAGUCCGGAAACCACUGUGAAUCCCGAGUUUGUGGAAACCCAGGAGACCAACAAAAAAUCCCUGACCGAGGAGGAGGAGAUAAUGCCGGCCAUUAUCAUCGGGGCCCUGCUCGUCAUCCCCAUCAUCAUCAUCAUAGUCAUCGUCAUUGUCAUCAGAAUCUACAAAAAAGGCCAACACGAUUGUUGCCGACGACAUCGAUCACGGUCCAGGAAGAAAUUUAACAUUGGUCACUUCCUCACUCCACACCGAGGAUUUGACCGACUGAGUCAGGAGGAGAGUGACACAGAAUUCGACCCAUUAAACGAGGAAUCUGAUGAGGAAGAGGAGUACUCGAUUACCCGAAAGGCCUGAGGGGAGGGAAAAAAAUACGGAGGAAGAGGAGUACUCAAUUACCCGCAAGGCCCGAGGGGAGAGAAAAAAUUUACCAAGGGUUGGAAAUCUGAACAUCAUUAGUUAUUAAAGGCCUGAAAUCUCUACAUUUUCCAUUGUAGGUCCCCAAGUUGUGAUAUUAUGUAACAUAUUUUGUUGUUUUGUGAUAGUAAUUAUUUUUCCCCCAACUUAGAAACUUCAUAUGUGUAGCAUGUAUGUCACCAUAAAAAUACAGUGUAGAAAUUAAUGACUUACAGAAAAAAAGAAAAGGAUUUAAAACAAAUAUAAUCUCGUUAUUUUGAUUUGAAAUCCAUUGUGUCAGAUGUUCGUCAUCACCAGGGUAUUUAACAAAUUGUUGAGAGGGGGCGAGACUUUGUACUUGUGAGACACGUUUACUGUUCAUUGGUAACAGGUGUUCAAACUUUAUUGAUCACUGUUAUAAAUACCUCAUAACUUCCAUGAAGACUUAGCCACAGCUAAGCUAUUAAGUCCUUGUUUUAUUUUUGUGCUAUGCAUGCAUUUUAUUGAGACUUUAUGAACAGUUUAUGUUCAAGAGGGUUUAAAUAUACCCUGCCAGUUAGUUCAAUAUAGAACAGUCAUAAUUCCAUAUUGCUAAUAUUAAAUUACGUUUUUGAUUGUGGGCAUUUACAGGUACUUUUUAACCAUUUCAAUUUUUAUAUUUGGAUUCUUGACUGCCUUGUCAAUUAAAACAUGCAACAGGACCCUGAGUUGGCCUGUUUUUGUAGUGUCAUGUUGACUGAGCAUUUUUGUAAUGUUUUAAUACUUAGGAUAAAAAAAAUCUACGGAUUUCACAAUCAAAGUUUACACCAAUAGCAGUAAAAGGCAAUAUUAGACCAAUCUUAGCAUUCAGAACUGUGCGGACUCUUUGUGUAUUGUUUUGUUUAUACGUUAUGUUGAUGUUUCUGCACAUUGAUGGCAGUAUUUUUGUUAUUUUACCACGUAUAUUAUUAAUUUACGAGAUGUACAUGUUUAUUCGCACCAUCUACUAGUCCACCAUGUAUAGACCUUCAUCUACUAGUCCACUAUGAAUGGCCUUCUUCCCUUUAUGAAAAAGGCUUCUUGGUAAGAAAAGUUUCCAUUUUAGGCUAACUGUUACAGGGUUGUUUUUUUUCAUGCUCCAUUUUUUUCUGUUAACUGUAUAUUUUGGGAUAUGGGAAUACAGCUGUGUAUUUCUUAUUUUUAUGUUUAAAAGUCAAUUUUCAUAGAGUAAGAACACCAUAUUUUUGAAUGAGGACAACAUUUUUGGUAAUCUUUCAUUCUGCUAUUUUAGUUUUUUUGUCUUUUUAUAAGUAUGCUAAGGUUUUGUUUUCUUGAACAUACUUUGCAUUCUUACAAACAUUUUUAUUGUUACUUUAGCUUAUUCUGUCAGUGUUGAAGAAUUGACCGAGUUUUAUACAUGUUGCAAUAUAUAUUUAUUAGCAUGUUACAAUACUAAUUUUAGUUUGUAAUUUUAUCUUUUUAAUCUGUAAUUAUCAGUCUUACAACAUUACAUGUAUCAUAUCAUAUUAUUUUUUUUUUUUAAAAAACAAUCAGAUUUUUUAAUGCAUCUUGUUGCUUAAUCUUAUCUGUACAAUCAGGCUUGUGUUCCUUCACCGUUCAACUUUGUCUUUUAACAUUCAGGCUUUUUGGUAAAAUGUGUUCUUUUAGUUUAUUUUCUUCACUGCUUGUUCCUAUAUUUGUUGUAUCUUGAUGUCACAUGUAAUUUAGCAUGAUCACUCAGACAGGGUGAUGUGGAUGCACAGUUCACACAGACAAGCAUAGCUUUGGUUUGAGUUGUUAACAUUCGGUUAUUUAAGAGACACGGCCCGCGAGAUGCAAUAAAGUUGGCUGUCUAUUUUCGUUAUUCUCCUUGCUGUUUAAGAGUGUCGUAGUCCAAAGUAAUAUUUUCUUUCUUAACAGGGUAGAGCAUUGUUUGACCAUGACAUCUGUGCAUUGUGAGUCAUGGUCAGACAAUAUUUUCCGUCAUGAGCUCUAUUUAUUUUAUGUCCCCUGUAGAGAGUGUUGAUUUCUGUUUCUGAAAUUCAUUUGACUGGUAUUAAUUUCUUCAUGCAAUCUUUGUAAUAUAUAAACCAAUAUGUCACAAUGUACAUGACCGGGUUCGUUACAGUGUGGUCAGAUUACUUAUUUUUGUAUCAAAUUUUGUAUUUGGCAACUCCUGUCUUUAAAAUUAAUGCAUCACGGUUUUCCUUUUGUGUUGUGAAUUUUUUUUUUCCAUUCAUAAAUCAGUGUUUCCUUUCUAGUCAAAUAGCCCUAACCUGCCCACCAGGGCCUGGCUUUCAAAUAGCCCUAGCCUGCCCACCAGGGCCUGGCUUUCUUGUUUAAGUAUGGUUUGGGCUGUACAUAUGACAUUUGUCUUUUUCUUAAAUAUUAUUAGUUCUAUUUAUAAAAAGCAUUAUUAUUUUUCCUACCCCAUUCCCAAAAGACCUUCGAUUCUUGUUGCCAAAGUGACCACAGUCUGAUGGGUAUUUCUUGUCUUAGCAUUCCAUUUCUGUGGUGUUGUCAUUUCAUCAAUAAAUUAUAACACAAUU